AUGCCUACAGUAAUACCUACAGUAAUGCCUACAGUAAUACCUACAGUAAUGCCUACAGUAAUACCUACAGUAAUACCUACAGUAAUGCCUACAGUAAUACCUACAGUAAUGCCUACAGUAAUACCUACAGUAAUGCCUACAGUAAUACCUACAGUAAUGUCUACAGUAAUACCUACAGUAAUACCUACAGUAAUGCCUACAGUAAUACCUACAGUAAUGCCUACAGUAAUACCUACAGUAAUACCUACAGUAAUGCCUACAGUAAUGCCUACAGUAAUACCUACAGUAAUGCCUACAGUAAUACCUACAGUAAUGCCUACAGUAAUGCCUACAGUAAUACCUACAGUAAUACCUACAGUAAUACCUACAGUAAUACCUACAGUAAUGCCUACAGUAAUACCUACAGUAAUACCUACAGUAAUACCUACAGUAAUACCUACAGUAAUACCUACAGUAAUGCCUACAGUAAUGCCUACAGUAAUACCUACAGUAAUACCUACAGUAAUACCUACAGUAAUACCUACAGUAAUGCCUACAGUAAUGCCUACAGUAAUACCUACAGUAAUACCUACAGUAAUACCUACAGUAAUACCUACAGUAAUACCUACAGUAAUACCUACAGUAAUACCUACAGUCUUCAGUAUUCCAACCCUUUCAAGCCGAUUCUCCCAAUUAGGAAUCUUAAUUGUUGCUGCACACGGAAUGACGCUCUGGACACAAGAAUGGCGGCUUCGAUUUUGUCCACUGUCCAGGCGUGUCUAG